AUGGCGCCAAUCAAAGAGGUCGUGGUUGGGAGCGCUGAGGACCUGAAGGCUCAGGCUGAGGGCAAGGAGAAGAAGAUCGAGCGCACACGCAACCAGCGUGAGAAACGUGCGGCCGCCAACGAGGAGAAGGGGCAGACCAAGGCGGCAGCCAAGCGUGAGCGCAAGGCCAACGUCCAGCGUGCCGCAAAAGGGCAGGAUCCAGUUCGCCAGCCCGCCGACAAAGCCAAGAAGGCGGCGCGCAAGGACAACAAGGACGAGAAGCGGUUUGACCGCAUGUUGAGACGGGCCGAUAAGCUCGAGGCUCAGGCCAAGAAGCUCAUGGCCGAGGCUGCGGCGGCGCGCGUAAGACACGCGGUCAUGGCUGAACAAAGAGAGAAGAACGCUGCCGAGAAGAAGGAGAACGAAGAUCUCAAGAUCCACGACGACGAGAACGAUUCAGACGCCGAUACUUCCUCGGACUCAUCAUCAUCAUCUUCUUCCUCCUCAGAUUCGGAUUCGGAUUCCGACUCUGACUCGGAGGCGGAAGAGACCAAGGGCGGCGCAGCUGUCGAACAAGACGAGGAUGUCGAUAUGGAACCCGAGUCACCAAACCCCAGCGCACAACUUCGCGCCGAAAGCGAGGCCAGAGCCAUUACCCAGGAACAGGAGAUGGAGGUCGACGAGGAGGAGGAGAAGCCCAAGAAGCCCAAGAAGUCAAAGAAGUCAAAGAAGAGCAAGAAGGUUGAGGAGGUUGCCGAGCCCGAGGAGCCAACCCCCGCCAAGAAGGAGAAGAAGGAUAAAAAGAAGAGCAAAAAGUCCAAGGCCGUGGAGGAAGCUGAGGAAGAGGUUAAGGAGUCUAAGAAGUCCGACAAGAAGCGCAAGCGCUCAAGGGAGGAGGACGAGGACGAAUCCGACGGCGGUGUCGCCAUUGCUGAGGAGACACCCAGCAAGAAAUCCAAGAAGGACAAGAAGGACAAGAAGAAGCAGAAGAAAGAGACGACCGAGGCGCCUGCUGCUGAUAAAGCUGCUGCUGCUGCUGCUGCUGCUGCGCAGUGGGAUGUCGGACAGCUGGGAGGAGGUUCGGCCCGCCAGCAGAAGUUCAUGCGUCUUCUCGGCGGCGGAAAGGGUGGUGCAGCUGCGGCUCCUCAGGCCUCCGGAUCCAAGGGCAAGCGUGACAUCAACAAGAUCACACAGGAACUCGAGCAGCAGUUCCAGGCUGGUGUGCACAUGAAGUACGAUGCUGGCGGCCAGCGUCGCGGUCUCGGCGCAUAA